UUACCUCCCCGACCAGCUAGCCUCCCGGGUGAGGUCUUAUGCCAUGAAAAUUUGAUGCCCGUGAAAGGCAUUACGGCUGGCAGCCGCACCGCUCGCUUUUGAUGUUGAUAUUUAUUUUGUAUGAAAACUUCAUGAGCUAGAUUAGCCAGCGCUCGCUCUAGCCGACACAGUGUUUGUAACCUCUCCACGGAUUUCACGCCAAUUGGGCGUCCUGGAGGAUUUUUCUGCACCGUUCUGGAAUUCAGCUCGGAAUUUUGAUCUCAUUGCAUUGUUGCGCCGUCAAUAAGAGAGAAGGACUUUAAAGUUUGAUGACACUCACAGUGACGACAAAUCGGAUACUAUCGAUGAGGUAGAGACCUUACAUUUUUCAUAAAGCCAGCGGAGAUAUUCCAUGCAAGAACAAGAGAUGUCUGUCCUUAAGAGUUUGCUUUUGACAAGCUUUGGGAUUUCAGUCAAUUCAACGUGUUUUGUGCUAGAAAUUCCUAAACAAUCGGAUUAGCUUUGACUCCCAAGAAUUAUUCAUCGUGUGGGACAAGUGGUUUGUAUUCUCAAUUGAGGAGUCAGAGCUUUGCUUUUCAAGAAGCGGGAAAUGCACUUAACAAACGAAUAUACACGACAUGUUGAUUUUUGGUAAAAGUAUCAACGUAUGUCCCUGAGAAGGCAGAUAUUCGAAGGAACGGGUUUCAACGUUGGCCUAAGUAAUUAUCUUGCUGUUUAUCAGUAUUGAAGCCCUGAUAUUGAAUCAGGGAGACAGCAGCCUGAAAACAGAGUCUGGCUUCCAGCUUUUAGGGCAUGAAGUUCCUGUUUGUCUUGAAGAGAAUCUCUUCCCUAUCAAAACGUGUAUAGAUCUAGAGACAUCUUCAUCAGUCCACACUUAACUGAACCUUCUCUCGCCGAAGACUUCUCUAUCUUCAGCGGCGAUACAUCUCUAUUUAUUUCCUGCCGAGCAACACGGCCCAUUUCUCCCUAAAUUUUAUGUAAGACCCACGUUUUUACAUACUGAGUUUCCCCGGGUCUACCAAGACCCACCUUUUUGCUAUCUGAGUUCCCCCGUUCUACCAAAACCUACGUUUUACAAUCUGAGCUCCCCAGUUCUACCAAGACCCACGUUUCGCAUUCUCAGUUUCCUCGCUUCUACAAAGACCCACGUAUUGCAAUCUCAGUUUCCACUGUUCUGCACAGACCUACGUUUUACAUUCUGAGUUCCCCCGGAUCUACCCAGACCCGAUAAGUUCCCAUCAAGAGGCCCCCGAAGACCCCCCUGCCUCAUCGUGGCGGUGGCGGUGUACGAGCGGCAGGGGCCCCACCACUGUGCCUUCUCGCCUGCCAUGAACGUGAAACAGCCGGCUUUGGGCGUGACCCCGGCCCCACUGACCCAUGGAAUGCGACACUCCCCCAGUCCCCGGCCGCACUGGGCCCCGCAGGCUGACCGCAUGAGGUGCAUGACGUCUCCAUCGGGCAACUUUUUCUCCGGCCUGGAUGACGGGUUCCUGGCGAGAGCUGAGGCCAUGGGUGUCGUGGAUAUAUCCAAGCCCUCCGGGGGCCAUCAGCUGAUGAAGCCAGAGGGUCUCUACGGCCACACGCCGGACUUCACCGGUCACAACGGAGGUCCUCCUCGUCACCAGAUGCCCAUGCCUCCUCACCACCCACACCCCCACCAUCCCCACCCCCACCCACAUCAUGGCUUCGGUCCGUCAGAUUCCAUGUUUGAUCAACUCACAGCCGUGUCCAGUCAAAGCGGAGGUCCGCCUGGCAUGCCUCUGGGACCUGUCGCCUCUAUGGCGGAACACCAUAACAACGUGAUGGGCGGAGCUUCUGCUAUGCCAGGACACGCCCAGCACCACCAGAUGUACCCGCCCAUGUACUCGGGGCACCCGCCAAAUGUUGUGAACCACCCACACCCAGCCCUGCCCCCUCACCCAGGCCCCAUGCACCCCCACCAGGGAGGCAUGCACGAGUCGGACUGCGAUCCACGAGAGCUGGAGAUGUUUGCCGAGCGCUUCAAGCAGCGACGCAUCAAGCUGGGCGUGACACAAGCCGACGUGGGCGCCGCGCUAGCGAACCUCAAGAUCCCCGGAGUCGGUUGCCUCAGUCAGAGCACCAUCUGCCGGUUCGAGUCGCUCACACUCAGUCACAACAACAUGAUCGCGCUGAAGCCUAUCCUUCAGACGUGGCUCGAGGACGCAGAGAAGCAGGCGCGAGAGAGGAAGGCAGAGCUAGAGAACGGACUUGGCGGAGACAAGAAGCGAAAGCGGACUUCAAUCGCCGCGCCGGAGAAGAGGUCUCUGGAAGCGUACUUUGCUGUGCAGCCGAGACCAUCAGGGGAAAAGAUUGCCCAGAUUGCAGAGAAACUCGAUCUGAAGAAAAAUGUCGUCAGGGUUUGGUUCUGUAACCAGAGGCAGAAACAGAAGAGGAUGAAGUUUUCCGCCAUUGCUGCAGGUAUGGGGAUGGGUCACCACUGACGACAAAACUUGACUGUCUCAAGAGAAGACUCUAAAAACUUGUACUGAGGCGAGAGUCAUGACUCAAAAUAACAUUUUCUAGAACUGGUUGUGUGAUAACAGUGUACAUCUUGAUGGAACAUAUGGGACAGAUCUCGGUGGUUAUGAGACGCUGUACUGUGGAAGCAAGGUCAUCAAUGACUCUCCGUGACUUCUCUCAGCUCGGCAAAUUCAAGGACCACAGAGAACGAUUUGCCUCAUCGUGUGAGUGGAACCAACAAGGGCUUGCGUUCCCGCGAUGUUCGACUAUCGGGACAAAGGUGCAGCAACAGAAUAACCAUGCUGGCUCAGAUUUUGAUUAAGGUGCUUGCUGAUUGUUGAACAUGCACAUCAUUUAAAAAUAGUUUUGUCAGUCGCUAAUUACACUGAAACGUGAUGAAUUGUCACUGUUCGAGCAUCUGGCUCUUAAAUUUAAUAAUAUGCCAACUCAGUUGUUCUAACACUUGGUGGUCUGUAUCCCAGUGCUCCAAUCACCAUAGACUGAUGGAGCUUGUGAUAAGGGCUUGGAUAUCCGUGCGACUCAAGCAGUGUGUACGUACCAAGGAUUAGUUGGGGUAUCGAAGCGAGCUUUGUCACAAACCCGCGCUGUGCACCAGUCUUCAACAAGAAUGUUAUGCAACAAAACAUUUGUCCUGGUGUGUUCGCAGUGACCGCAACCAGUCCUCUGUAUAUCCAUGCAUAAAGCUGGUCUUACUAAUUUACCUGAUCACGUAAGGGUUGUUGUUUUUUGUGUUUCUUGCACAUGAAUACCGGGCACAAACUACUUACUAGUUGUAAUAUUAAUACGAUGUUUGACCAAUGUAAAUAAACAAAAACAAUUCGUUUGUCUGCAGGCUUGUAUAUUAUGUAAUGUAAAAUAGCUAUCUUUUGCAUUGUUCUUUGUUACUUGUCCAGAUAGCAGUGUAGAUCUGGUUUUUGGUGCAUCUAGCUGGCUGGUUUCUGUAGCACAAAUGGUUGCUAACAUGGUAAGCGCGUGAGAGUUUUGUGUUUGAUUUCGAGUAGGUUGUGAAUAUUUCUCGCCCUUCCCUGAAACAUAUUCCUCUUUACAUCCCGGUGUUCUGACCAGGGAAUAAGUGUUUUGCCAUCGUGGAACGACUUGCUUUAUGUCUAGAAGGGCUUUAGGCUUAAAUAAGAAGAGAAAACACAAAAACGUCUACCGUUUGGUUUAAAAGGCUUUGGUUUGUUGUGUGACUCUUGGACAAGCUCUAACAACCCCCCCCCCUCCCCGCCUUCCCUCUCCGCCCCCAUGGAAGAAGUGAUUUCCCCAGUCCAGUCUCACACACUAUCAGGCACACACCCUUAUAUUACUUCGAUCUUUUUGGUCGCCUGGUGGCACCAACAAGAACAAGGUUUUUAAAA